UAGCCAUGGAGGUGAUACUAUUACUCUCCGUGGCUCUGGUCAUGACAAGUUUCGGUAUUAGUGGCACCGCCAUGGCCAGCAGCAUCACCACUUACCCCGAUUUCCAACAGUUGCACGUCAAACAAACAAUCGCUGCUGCUUCCACCAAGUUAUACAAGGAAGAAUUAAAAGAAGACAGCAGCGGAUCUGGAGGAGGAAGAUGGAGGGUGAAGGUGGUUCAUAGAGAUAAGAUAUUCCCACAAGCAUCACACAACAAGAGCAUUUUCCAUGCGCGCAUCCACAGAGACGUCAAAAGGGUCGACAGCCUUAUGCGUCGUCUCGGCGGUAAUAGUAAUGAUCAAGUGAUGAAUAAGAAGCUGGACUUUGGAUCGGAGGUGGUUUCAGGAAUGGCGCAAGGCAGCGGUGAAUACUUCGUGAGGAUCGGAGUCGGUAGCCCUGCCAGAAGCCAAUACGUGGUGAUUGACUCCGGCAGCGAUAUUGUGUGGGUCCAGUGUCAACCUUGUAGCCAAUGUUAUCACCAGUCCGACCCCAUCUUCGACCCUUCCCGCUCUGCUUCUUAUUCCGGCGUCUCUUGCACCUCCACCGUCUGCGACCGCCUCCAGAACUCCGCCGGCUGCCAUGCAGGCCGCUGCAGCUACGAGGCUUCCUACGGCGACGGCUCCUACACGCAGGGCACUCUCGCCUUCGAGACUCUCACCUUCGGCCGCGCUCUCAUCCGCAACGUCGCCAUCGGCUGCGGCCACAUGAACCGCGGCAUGUUCGUCGGAGCCGCCGGUCUUCUCGGCAUCGGUGGUGGGCCCAUGUCAUUCGUCGGCCAGCUCGGCGGACAGACCGGCGGUGCAUUUUCUUACUGUUUGGUCAGCCGUGGUGACGCAAGCACCGCCGGUACACUAGAGUUUGGGAGGGCGGCGAUGCCGGUAGGCGCUGCGUGGGUCCCUCUGAUCAGGAACCAAAGGGCGCCGAGUUUCUACUACGUCGGCCUCGCUGGUCUUGGAGUGGGAGGCAUGCGUGUCCCGAUAUCUGAAGACGUGUUCCGGCAGACGGAGCUAGGUUACGGUGGCGUUGUUAUGGACACCGGAACCGCCGUGACGAGGUUCCCGACGUUGGCGUAUGAGGCAUUCCGCGACACGUUUGUUGAGCAGACGGCGAGCCUGCCUCGGGUGUCCGGAGGAGUCUCCAUCUUCGACACGUGUUACGAUUUGAACGGGUUUGUGUCGGUUCGGGUACCGACGGUGUCGUUUUAUUUCACCGGCGGGCCCAUACUGACUCUUCCGGCAAGGAACUUUCUGAUUCCGGUGGAUGACAAGGGCACGUUUUGUUUGGCGUUUGCUCCUUCGGGUGCAGGGCUUUCGAUAAUAGGGAACAUUCAGCAAGAGGGCAUCCAAAUCUCAUUUGAUGGCGCUAAUGGUUUUGUUGGGUUUGGACCCAAUGUCUGCUAAAUGAAUGUGCAUGCAUGAUGAUGUGUAUGCUAAACUACUAGCUAGAUAUCUUACAUAUAUGCAUGAGUUUUGGUAGCUUGAGUAGGUAGUUUGUGUUCAUAUUAUAUGUUCUAGCUAUAGCAGAUGCAUAUCUAGUAUCAAAACGUCAACCACGGGCAAAUAAAUAUGCCUUCGAGGAGCAAUGUAUUGUGGCUUUUGGUGGUGUGAAUGUAUGCCUAGAUCUUCACUUUUCACUUGGACUAGCUAAUUAGCUAGAUCAAGAUUC